AAACAAAUAUCGCAGAGCAAAAAAAAAUGUGGGUAUGAAAGACUAUCGAUAGAAAAAUGUUGCACCUCUGCUCGUUUGGUUGUGUGCCUGCGUUUGUGUGUGUGUAAAGUUCUUCGCAAGUCGACGACAAGAUUCUGCCUUUGGUUUAACUCUGCCUAGAUCUGUACCCCCUCAAUAUGGACGAUCAUAAGGAGCUGAGCCUGAGCUGGACCAAACACCAGAGCACGCUGAUCAACGCACUCGCGACGCUACUGGACGCCCAGACUCUAGUCGACUGUAAGAUCGGCGCCGAGGGCAAAUUCAUCACGGCCCACAAGGUGGUUCUGUCCGCCUGCAGUUCCUACUUUGCCGCGCAGUUCCAAGAACAUACGGAAAUUUGUCCGAUCGUGCUACUAAGGGGUGUCAAGUACCAGGAGCUGCGCAACCUGAUUGACUACAUGUACCGUGGCGAGGUCACCGUCACGUCGGUCGAGCUGGAAGGGCUUCUCAAGCUGGGAGAAUCGCUGCAGUUCAAGGGCUUCGUGGCAGGCCCUAACUCAGAGGCCUCUGAGCAUGGCCGUGGUGGCCCCGACACACCGGAGCAGAGUAGAAAGCGCCUUCGUCCGGACUCCUGUGGGGAUGAAGUUUCUACUUCAUCGUAUUCUCCAACGGCGGAUGAUUUAAGCGACAGCUCAGAUUCUUCUUUUGAGCAGGCCUCCACCUUCCGUCCGCAAGAAAUGCCAACAAUUAUUUGGAGAACCGCCAGAAUGGCCAAGAACCUGCGGCUGCAGACCAACGAUGUCAUCACAGACAACGUACAGCCACUGAGCCAGGGCACCCAAGGUCUGCGUCGCCACUCCACCAUUUUCUAAAUUCCCAGGGCAAACUGAUCACUAGUCGGCAAUGA